AUGACAAGAAUUUGUCUUGUAACUGGUGGAACAGGUUUGUUAGGAAGUAGUUUACGUGAAGUAAUAAAAAAUGAAAAUAAGAAUAUUAUAGAAAAGGAAAAUGAAAUAAUUGUUAACUCAAAUGAAAAUAAAAACAUUAUUACUAAAUAUAUAUUCUUAAGUUCGGAAAUGUGUGAUUUGAAAGAUUAUGAUAAAAGUAAACUUGUUUUUGAAAAAUAUAAUUUUACUGACAUAAUACAUUUCGCUGCACAUGUAGGAGGAUUAUAUGCAAACAAAAAUAACAACUUAGAUUUUCUCAUUAACAAUUUAGAAAUUAGUAUGAAUGUAAUUAAACUCUGCCACAAAUAUUCAAUUAGUAGAGGUAUUUUUACUUUAUCUACUUGUAUUUUCCCUGUAAAUUGUUCUCUACCAUUAACUGAAGAAAAAAUUCAUGAUGGUAAAUGUCACCAAAGUAACGAAGGAUAUAGUGUGUCAAAAAGAGUACUAGAAGUUUUGGUUAGAUUUUACAGAGAAAAAUAUAAUUAUGAAUGGAUAUGUAUAAUACCUACAAACAUAUACGGGAAAUAUGAUAAUUUUAAUUUAGAAAAUGCGCACGUUAUACCAUCAAUAAUACAUAAAAUGUAUCUAGCUAAAGUGAACAAUACGAAUGUAUAUCUUUUGGGGGACGGAAGUGCGGUGAGACAAUUUAUUUACAACAUAGAUGUUAAUAAAAUAUUAUAUUAUAUACUUAAUCACUAUUAUUCAAAAAAUUUAACAAUUAUAAAAGAUAAUAUUUAUAAUAUUAUAUUUUCCACUAACCUUCCUUCAAAUGAAUUAAGCAUAAAGGAGCUGGCUCACAAAAUUAAAUAUUAUUUAAAAUUUAAUAAUAAAAUAUUGUUUGAUACAACAAAAGACAAUGGAAUUCAUAAGAAGACUUCUAGUAAUGACACAUUAAUGAAGUUGUUGGAUAAUUCAUUUACAUUUACUGAAUUAGAUAAUGGAUUGAAAGAAACUAUUGAUUGGUUUAUUGAAGAAUACAAAAAUAUAAGAAAAUAA